AUGCAUACAUUCAUCACCAAGGCCGUCCUUUCAUUUGCUACCCUUUGGGGUAUGAGCAUGGUCACAUGCGCGGCCCGAGGACUCGAGAUACCACCAUCGGUGAAUCUCACCAAAAGGGCCGGAGACAUGCAGACAUACGUUUAUCCAAAUCUCUUCAUGAUCGAUCCGAAGAGCACGGAAUUUAUGGGAAGAGAUUUGAAUGAGCCAUUAAGAUAUUUGUGGUCAGGAGCCAUAUCAUUCGAGGCUGACGGUGACAAAUACCAGCGCUGCCUCCGUUACAUUCCUAGCGAGACAUUUCCUACGCAUGCGCCGUGCAAAUGUACUCAGAUUGACAAGAGUAAAGGUUGUGACGACAAGAGCAUCAACCAUCCCACGCCAAGCUACCGUUGGGCUUUCGAUGGAUUAAUACGAAUGUUCAAACGUGAGACGAGGAAUAUUUCUUUUUGGAGUGGAAUGAUUCGACAUCACGCCUCUGGGAAGUGUCUGGGCUAUAGCCCGGACUCAGGUUUCCCGACUUACCGUGGAGAAGAGAGCCACACCCCAGGGAAGCUUGGAGACCUUGAGAUGGUGGAUUGCGAAGACCCCGAAGAUGAAAAAUAUCACGGAGUACGAAUCUGGGUUGUGUGGCUAACUGAGAAGGAUACGAAAACAAGCAUAAUACCAUGGGGUGCCACGCACAUGUGGCCCGCUUGUUCGAACACCAGAGUCAAAGCUAAAAAGACUAUUAUGGAUAGAUUGAAAGGGAAGAAAGUAAGAUGGGAACGGAUAUAUCGGGGAAUUGCUGCUAGUCCUUCAUCCAAUGGAGUUUAUUUCGGAUGCGCUCGUGGACAACAUACCUGGGUGACACCCCACCCAUGGUUCUAUCGUGUCCCUAAACCUCGCGCGUUCUUCCCGGACAAGAAAAAUUAUGAUGACAUGGGCAGUACAAUAAACGGGGAAAAGAACUCGAUAGAAAGCCUAAUUGAUUUCGAUUGGCCGAAUACACCUCCUGGAAACGAAGCGCCGGGCGACCUCGAGGUUGAAGGAACACCAUGGAAAGAGAUUUGGAGGGCGUUGAGGGGCAUGCGAUAUGAGCGUGAACCAGAUGUAAAUUUUGAGGGGGGUGCUUCGCCAGCCUUUGAUGACGAGGUAACCGGUAUAGAGCAGGAAAACGCUGAACGACAAAAAGAGAACACAGAGCGGGAAAAGAUAAUGAGAAAGGAAGAAGGGGAUGCAGAUGCAGAUGAUGAUGAUGAUGAUGUAUUCGAGGACGCGCCUGAAACGUGGGAUGACGAGAAAAAUGCUUUCUCAGAUGAUGAGAACGAAGAAGACUUUCCCGAAGAUAAGGGGGGUGGUAAAGAUUCAUCGUCGGGUGACAAGCCCGUCAAGGACCCGCCGUCAAACGAUAAGCCAGCGAAAAAGGACCCACCGUCAAAUGAUAAGCCAGCUAAAGACCCCCCCUCGGGUGACGAUAAAAAUAAAGAUACCCCCGAUGACCCUUUCGGAGAUGACAAAGGCAUUGAUGACCCCUUCGCGGAUAAAAACCGCGUCAAGAAUGAUAAGACAACUAAGGACCCCCCAUCAAAUGAUGAGACAACGAAAGACCCCCCAUCAGAUGACGAGACAACGAAAGACCCCCCAUCAGAUGACGAGACAGCCAAAGACCCCCCAUCAGAUGACGAGACAGCCAAAGACCCCCCAUCGAAUGACGAGACAGCCAAAGACCCCCUAUCGAAUGAUGAGACAGCCAAAGAUCCACCUCCCAAGCGAUAG